AUGAAAUUCGUCUAUAUUCGUAAGCAUUUAACAUUAAUCCAAUCUCAAAUUGCUUAUGAACGUCGUCAACAACAACGUAACCAUUCACAAACACAAGAUAUACAGCAAGAGGCAUUGUUACAGGCCUCCAAAACACCCUCUACUCCAUCGACUAUACCGAAAAUAGCUACUUAUCAAUCGUAUUCUAAUCCACCUAUCAAUCGUCGAUCAAUUCACUUAUCGGGUAAUAAACAAACAAAUAUUAAUCAACAACAAUCGAGUGGCGUCACGAUCGAGUGA